AUGUCAAUCAAGAAUUUUUUUGAGUUAUCGUUAUUGAAUAAAAACAAACUCACAUGCAUGAUUGAAGCUGAUAAAAUCGAUUUAUUGGAAAACAUGAAGAAAUUUGAAGAAAUGUUGAAGGAUACAUCGCAGAUCGACAAUUUUCUGUUGGAAAAACAAAUCAAUACAUGUUUCGAAUUGCAGUGCAAAAUCGAAGAUUAUUCGGAAAAACUCGAGGAAUUAGAGGACGAUUACUCGGAUUCGCCAAACACUCUGAUUGAUUUUAUUUCAAACAUUCCUAACGUAGUGAACGAUUUGGGACCCGAAUCAUUGGUUGUGGUUACGUCUGAGAAAGUCGGCAUGAAAUACGUACAAUUAUUGCAUGAUUCAGUCAUGAAGAACGUUAUCAUCACUACUAUCAGGGCGCUGACGGCGGGCGAAGUGGAUGUGACUCUGGGAAACGUGAAGACCGCUCUUCUGGAUGGGUCCGAAGCAGAAUACCGGAAGUUCGUAGGCAGCGAAGCCGUCCGGUUGGUCAUAGCAGACCACGUGCCGGCUGACCGGCUGUUUCGCGUGUGGGGCGACGUUCACCGUGACCAGUGUUUCGCGACGAUUAAAAUGAAUCCUAUUGAUGGCGAUGGUAAUGACGCUGAAAACAAGAACAUAUUAUAA